UUUUUCUUCUUGGGCUUUGCUGCUUAAAACAUUCCCCCCACUUCCUCCUCUCCUCACUCUCUCGCUCUCUCUCUCUCUCUCUCUCUCUCCAUAUUUUUACCACAUCAAAUCAAGUAGAUCCUUCUUCCUCUUGGAAAACUUGAGCUUGAAGUAAAAAAAUAAAACUAUAAAUCUCUAGAGGUCUUUUCUACAGCUUUUGAGCACCGAUCACAAAACUUUCUCUCAUUUUCUUUCUCUUUCCAUGAACUACCCCUACUGUUUCUUGUCUCUCUUGUAAACACACAAAACCCUGAAAAAUUUUCCAUCUUCGAUCAGGAUCUAAUAUUUAAUCCUCGUCGAAUUCAUUGUUUCCAAACAAACCCAGCUUCUAAUUUUUUCACUUUUCCCUACUUUCCAAAGAAACUCUCGAGCCCAACUCCCUUAAACCUCUCAAAAACCCAAAAGAUUUUUGUAAGCGACACACUCACAUGUCUACUCCAAUAGACCAACAGCCACCGCCGCUGGCGGUGACCCAGCAAGCCUACACGGCCCACUCGGGCCGCGGGUCGGUGGGGCCCGUGAUCGCCGUACUUGCAGUGAUAACCAUUCUCGGAGUCAUAGCCGGCAUGAUCGGCCGGCUUUGCUCCGGUCGCCGCAUCAUGGGUCAUGGACAGUACGACUUCGAGAGCUGGGUCGAGAGGAAGUGCUCGUCGUGCCUCGACGGCAGAGUCGGCCCUCCGCCGCCGCGUCCGCCGCCGGCAACCGCCUCGGCUGAGCCUGAGAUGGUGGAGGUCCAACAAGAGAUAAAGGAAGAAGAGGAAGCUCAUGAAAAUACACACGGACAAGGGCAUGGGCAUGGACAUGGCGAAUCUUGACAAGAGAUUAUGGUUAUUCUCUAUCUCUCUCAUUGUAUGUCAAAUGGGUUCUUUUAAUAACUUUAGUUUUAUCUCUUUUUUUCUUUUUUUAAUUUUAAUUUUAAUUUUAUGGGGCAUGCAACAUCAUAGAAUGUUCAUUAUGAUCAACCUGAGAACAUUAUGAGAUUGGUGAUUUUUUUUUUUUUUUUUA